CGACGAGCUUUCCUUAAGCUCUGCACACGCGACCAUGCGACUCUAGGUUUCAGCGAUGCGCCUCCUCUCCCUAAUUGUCACCGACUAGACAUCAGUAGACCGCAAUGGCGUCAUCCAUGACCGCGCGCAUGUUCUCCAGGAGGGCGCUCCUCCGGCUUCUCAUAUUCCUUGCGAUUGCGUUUUUGUUCAGCUGCACACUAUUCCUAUGGUCGCAUCCGAUGAUAAUAAGGUCCGGCGGCGGCUCUGUGAUCUCGCACCACGACGCAGGUGGCGGCAAGAAACCAGCGACGCACCCUAUCGACACGUUGAUUAAGAAGGCCGAGCGAGAAUACCACCGUCUUAUGGCCGAGGAGACCACCGACCUCGAAUCUACAGCGAAGGCAUAUCGCUACAGAAGAGGGCGGCAUCCACCCCCAUGGUUCGACAAAUGGUUCAAAUUUGCGCAAGACCAUGAUGCCGUCAUCGUCGAGGACUUUUUCGACCAGAUAUACCACGACCUGGGACCAUUCUGGGGGGUAGAUGCAGCGAAGAUACGGACACAGGCGAAGAACUUCGAACAAGUGGUCAUUGUCCGGAAUGGGACAACGUCCCAGAAAACGGACAAACCGAGGGAUUGGAUGAACAUUUGGACCGAUCUCACCUCGACGAUCUCGGAGUGGCUGCCAGACAUUGACGUUCCGAUCAACGUUAUGGACGAGAGUAGGCUUUUGGUGCCCUGGGAGGAUAUCGAUCAAUACAUGAAGGCGGAGCGCGCGUCGCGGAAGAUAGUCCCCAAGCCAGAGGUCAUAACGGAGUACGCAGGGCUGCAGAAGCUAGAUGAGAAUCCCGGGGAGCCAUUCGAUCUGGACUGGCACGGUGGUAACUACUGGGAGAAUGCGCGUGUUGGUUGCGCCCCAGGAUCGCCUUCUCGGAAUGUUGAGGCCGCGACCAACUUCUCUGGACCUCCGCCUAUGCCACACGGGUUUCCCGAACGGUCGUAUGAAGGCUAUGUCAUGAAUUGGACGUCUGCAAAGGAUCCCUGUCUCCAGCCCGAUAUCCGCGAAAGCCAUGGGACGUUUGUGGAGCCAAUCUCUCAGUCGACAUCCAAGUUUCUGUUCCCGAUAUUCGGUGGGUCGAAACUACCCAUGAACAACGAGAUUCUGCUUCCGCCGGCGAUGUACUGGUCUGACGAUCCAUUCUACUCUGGCGGCGAAGAAGACCACGGAGGUCCUUGGGAAGAAAAGAACCCGGGCGUGAUGUGGCGCGGAGCUGCCUCAGGAGGUCGCAAUAAGGAAGACACCUGGACACGAUUUCAGCGUCACCGCUUCCUGACAAUGAUCAACGGCACUUCUGUCCAGCUGGCAGAAAAGCAUGGCAACGGCGUGGGCAAGAACUUCGUACUCUCGAGCUACAGCACUUACCAUUUGACAGCUACUCAGCAUAUGGAUCUCGGCUCAUGGCUGAACUCCAUCGUUGAUGCUGCUUUCGUCAACCUACUGUGUUUUCCACCCUCCGGCGAUGAGCACUGCUGGUAUACGAACCCUUUCUAUCAGACUAAGCCGGGCAAAAAGAUGCAGGAGCAGUAUGCUUACAAGUAUCUGCCCGAUAUCGACGGCAACAGUUUCUCUGGGCGCUAUAGAGGCUUCAUGAGAUCCACUUCGCUUCCGAUCAAAGCGACCAUCUACAGCGAGUGGCACGACUCCCGACUCGUCCCUUGGGUGCAUUUUGUCCCAAUGGAUAACUCCUUUGUCGACAUCUACGGCAUUCUGGAUUACUUCAUUGGUACCGGUGUCGAGGAGAAAGAUAAAGAGGGCAAUGUGUUCAUUGAGGGUGCUCAUGAUGAGCAAGCCAAGGAGAUUGCCCUAAAGGGACAGGAGUGGGCAGAGCGCGUCUUACGGAAAGAAGAUAUGCAAGUAUAUGUCAUGAGGCUCUACUUGGAGUACGCGCGUAUCUGCGACGACAAUAGGGACAGAUUAGGAUUUAUCGGUGAUGUUGGAUAAUGGGUACAGUGGCGCUGAGGUUGAUUUGAUUUUGCAUAAAUAUGUAUAUACAUAUGAGGUUUUGGAUACCCGACGAAAUGAGAGAUGUUUUGAUCAUGGAAUGGCUGUAACUGAUAUAUAUCUGUCUAGUAUAAGCUGACGCUUACUGACAUGGGGCCGUAUGACGGUGUGAAAGGGAUAGGUCGUAAUUGAUGUUGAUGCGUCCUUCCGAGGCUCGCGGAUUGGAUAUUUCUAUGUGGAGCUCUCUAUAGAUCUAAGACACUGGAAGAGCGUUUAGUACA